AGAUUAUAAUUUUCAUUCUUCAUCAAGACUUUAAUAUGAAGUUGUUGCCGACAAAAACUGUUGCGAUGUAGGCUAUUCAAGUUACUAAUUUCUUUACGACUGAAUACCAGUAGGCUAUCCUAAAAGCUGCAUGGGUGGAUCCGUCUCUGCAGAGACUUUAAAGGCUUGAGACGGUCAGGAACAACCAUCCAUCCAGUAUGAACUCCAGACUAAGCAAGACCCAGCAGAGAACUAUCUGCUCCCAGCUGGGAAAUGUCAAACUCCAGCUGGUGUACAAAGCCACCAUUCAUGGUUUCACCGGUGCAGCCUUCCACCAACGAUGUGACAACUGCAGCCCCACACUGUCUGUGGGUUAUAACGCCUCUGGUUUUGUGUUUGGAGGCAUCACCAAACAACCUUUCAGUCAGACUGGGAACUACAUGAACGAUGAUCAGGCCUUUCUUUUCACCUUCAGUGGAGAAAAGCUUCUCAGAUAUCCUGUCACUACUCCUGCUCAUGCAGUGAGAAUGGUUGCUAACUCUGGUCCAUAUUUUGGAGAAGCGUUGGUUCUUCUCAAUGGAAGCAAAGCAGUAGUCCAUAGCAAUCCAGGAAAUUAUUACAACUUCGAUCCUGCACAAAUGCAUGGCAACGACCUUAGACUGACUGAGUGUGAAGUCUAUGAAAUUGAGGAGAUCCAAGAGUUUGAGCAGCCAUGGAGGCCGAUGGUCUGGGAAAAUGAGAGGAGGACACAGAUGAUGGAGAGUAUUAAACUCUACAGUCCCCCAAUGAGCUCUGUGUCCCAGGUUCGGGUCCUGCUCAUCGGACAAGUUGGAGCCGGAAAGUCCAGCUUCUUCAAUUCUAUCAACUCUGUAUUCAAAGGCCACGUCAGCAACCAGGCCAUCGCUGGCAGCUCUACCACCAGCCUCACCACACGGUAUCGUACCUACGCAGUGAAAGCUGGACGAGGAGGAAAACCUCUGCCGAUCAUCUUGUGUGAUACCAUGGGAUUGGAGGAAAGCACGGGGGCGGGGGUUGACCUGGACGAUAUCCUCAGCAUCAUCAAAGGCCAUCUGCCAGACACUUAUCAGUUCAACCCGUCUGCUCCUCUGAAUCCUGAGACCAGCGGCUAUCGUCAAUCUCCAGAGCUCAAAGACAAGAUCCACUGUGUGGUGUACGUAGUUGAUGCCUGCAAGGUCUCCAUCAUGCCCACAAAGCUGGAGCUGAAGCUGGAAACUAUCCGCAGAAAGGUCAACUUAAUAGGGAUUCCUCAGCUGGUCCUGCUGACUAAAGUGGAUGAAGCCUGUCCUCUAGUUUCGCAGGACGUUAGGAGCAUUUAUAAGAGCGGCUACAUCGAGGAAGUGAUGCAGGAGGUCAGCACUCGGCUUGGUAUGCCCAUGUCCUGUGUUGUUCCGGUGAAGAACUACAGCAAAGAGUUUGAGUUGGACCUGAACUGCGACAUCCUGCUGCUCAGUGCCGUCAUCCAGAUGCUCCGCGCUGCUGAUUGUUACUUCGAUGAGCUCAACGACCAAUUGGGCAACAUUGAAACCAAAGAAUAGAAAGAAUCAUCACAGCAGAUGUGUUUAUCUUGUCCAACCACAAUGAUACGUUUCUCAAGUCCAAGAUGGCUACAUUCCUAGCCUUGCAGUUGCACCGGAUAAAUGGUUCAAUACUUAAAUUAUUGUUAUGUAUCACAGUUGGUCAACAGUUAAAAGCUGUUAUUAAAGCUCCUAUUUAAUGACCUGAUUCAAAUACACUGGCUUUGUUUCGAUGUAACUGCAGUCAGGCGUAAACCAAAACUAGCUGUCUAAAUAUUUCGAGCACAGCUUGCACUGUUUUGGUUCCGUAAUGACAGAGAACCUUUCUGCUUCUUUUAGAUUGAAAGCAUAUUCAAAAUCCAAGUUCCAACAGUGUUCCCUACUGCCAUGCAGCAGUUUUGCAUGAAAAUAAAGGUAUUCUUCUUUUCAAAUAAUAUAUUUGGUGUCUGAAGUUUGUCUCUGUUGAAAUUGCAAUUAUAGAAGAAAAUAUGGAAAACUUGAAUAUAACAGGUGAUACUAAACUUUUGAACGAUAGUGUGCUAAUCAUGAUGAAUUCUGGUACAAAGAUUUACAGUUAACACUUGAUAUGUAAUAUGUUGAGAAAGAAUCAAGAGUCUCUCUUGUGUUUAUCUUCAACUCCAAUUCUAUUGAUUUUUUUUUUGGAGCUUUUAAUUUGUCCACUAGAGAGAGGUGUCUUAAUAUGCUUCUUAAUAAAAUAAUUUUUUUUUAAAUAAUAUGUAUAUACAGUAUUGUGAAAAAGGUUUAUGCAGGUGUGAAAAACAAUAUAAAAUAAGAAUGCUUUCAAAAAUAGAAAUGAUAAUAUAUGUAUCAAAUAACAAAAUGCAAAGUGAGUGAACGGAAGAACAAUCUAAAUCAAAUCAAUAUUUAACGUGACCACCCUUUGCCUUCAAACCAGUAUCAAUUCUACACGGCAUUUGUUGUGUGUGUGUGUGUGUGUGUGUGUGUGUGUGUGUGUGUUUGUGUGUGUUUGUGUGUGUUGCAAAGCUGCAACAAUAAAGGGAUUUACAUUUAACAACAAUUAUAAUCCAUUGCUAUACAUUAUUUUCAAAUGGCUGUAAUGCACAAGGAUGACUUUUACUUUUUGGAAUAUUUUAAUGCAAAUACAUUUCUACUUUUACUUAAGUGAAAUUUUAAAGCAGGACUUUUACUUCUAACAGACGUUACAUCCUUUUUGAGUGAAAUGAUCAAUAAAUGUCAUAUGUUA